CUCCCAAACCAGCCCCCCAUCGCCCCUAUUCUCCCGCUCGCUCAAUCCUUUCCCACGCAGAUCUUAUCUUCAGGCUCGUCCCCAGCCGUGUAACUGGACUACCUAAUUCCACCUCUUCUUUCUCGACCUAUUAUUGUCUUGGCUGCUUUAGUUCCUCUUCGCUUUGAGAAUGGCAAGUCCUUCCAUGCAAAUUUUUAUGGAGUCCUCCGACUGGCUAAAGGGCGUUGUUCAGGAAGACAGCGGGAUGGAUGCCUCCUCCCCAUCCAGUGAAGUGAUGUCAUGCUCAAGGCCGCCGCCGGUCAUGGAGGAAAGGCUGCGGCCACAGCACGACCAAGCUCUCAAGUGUCCCAGAUGUGACUCCACUCACACCAAGUUCUGCUACUACAACAACUACAGCCUCUCCCAGCCAAGGUACUUGUGCAAAACAUGCAGGAGGUAUUGGACUAAAGGCGGAACCCUAAGAAAUGUGCCCGUCGGCGGCGGCUGCCGAAAGAACAAGCGCUCGGGUGCUAAAAAGACGGCCGACCCGUUGCAUCCAUCUGCUUCCUCCUCGCUCAAAGAAGCAACCAGCAGCUGCCUCCACCAACCCUUCCCUCUGGUGCAAUUACCGCAUCUUGAAUCAAUAUUCACCAACACUUGUCGGAACAUUGAUUUCAUGGAGUGCAAGUACGACCUGAUGCUCGACAACCCUAUGGAUGGGCUUGAUCUCAUGGAUGGCAAGCUUGGGGCCAUCCUCACCAGGAACCAACUCCCCUUGGGUGGAGGGAAUCCAGGCCUCGGAGAAGCUGCAAGCCAUGGAUCCGCCUCGGCCAGCUUCCACAGCAUGAUCGGCACUUGCGGCUUCUGCAUCGAUGGGAACCAUGCUGGCCUCAUGGAGGCAUGCCGGGGGCUUGCGCUCCCUUUCGAGGGGCACGAGGAGCCAAAUUCCGUGGAGGUGAAGCCUGGAGACUGGAUUAAUCUAUCAACGCAGUGGGCAGAUCAGUGUUGCGUCGAUGCGGGUCGUGCGGUAAUGGGGUGCGACAAAGGCCUCGCAUCGUGGGCUGGGUUGAUGAAUGGAAUGGCUCCCCGGUGACCGUCAGAAUGAGAGGGUUCUCCAACAGUCACAGCAGCAGCCAAUGCUAUAGCCGCGAGCCAUGUGGAAAAGAAAUCUGCCAAUUCAUUUCAUUCUCCUUUAAAUAUUUCUUUCCAUUUCUAAAAGAAAAUGAGGUGGUGGAACGACCUAAUGGUUCGAUGCUUGCUUUCGUUUGUUCCUUUCCGUCCUUUUACCCCUACCUAAUAUCAUCG